AUGGGAUUGAGAGUUUGUGUGACGAACGAAGAAUAUGUUCGUGUGGAUACCGUAGAGGCGUGGACACUUGAUCGCGUUGAGAUCUGCAUCCAAAGAAAGGACUUGUCCAAGCCGACAUGCACUCUCCUUCCCACACUAGCUGCUCUGCAAGGCCCUUGUGCUUCAGGGAAUACAAUGGGCAGUGAACUCAAGAAGCCAGAGAUAAAGUUUACCAAGCUCUUCAUCAAUGGCGACUUCGUCGAUGCCGUCUCAGGGAGGAAGUUUGAGACGAUCGAUCCACGUACAGGGGAUGUGAUAACCAUGGUGGCCGAGGGUGACAAAGAGGACGUGGAUUUAGCAGUGGAUGCUGCAAGAGAAGCCUUUGACCAUGGAAAGUGGCCUCGCCUCACUGGAUUCGAACGAGGAAAGAUUAUGAUGAAGUUUGCAGACCUGAUCGAACAACACGUAGAGGAAAUAGCGACGCUAGACGCCUUGGAGGUGGGGAAGUUGUUCCUCCUCAACAAGCUUUAUGAUGUUCCAAGUUCUGCCGACAUGCUUCGCUACUUUGCCGGCGCUGCUGAUAAGAUCCACGGUCAAACACUGAAGAUGUCUGGUGCAAUGCACGGAUACACCCUCAAGGAACCCAUUGGGGUGGUCGGGCUCAUAAUUCCUUGGAAUUUUCCCGCCGCCAUGUUCUUCUUCAAGGUCGCACCUGCUCUGGCUGCAGGUUGCACCAUGGUUGUCAAGCCAUCGGAGCAAAGCUCACUAUCUGCGCUCUACAUCGCUCACUUAGCUAAACAGGCAGGAAUUCCAGAUGGUGUUCUGAAUGUUGUGAGUGGUUUUGGCCCAACUGCGGGAGCUGCUAUCGCUUCUCACAUGGACAUCAACCAUGUUAGCUUCACAGGAUCCACCGAAGUCGGACGUUUGAUCAUGGAAGCCGCAGCGCGAAGCAAUUUGAAACCCGUAUCCCUUGAAUUGACAGGGAAAUCGCCAUUGAUCAUCUUUGACGACGCAGAUAUUAACAAGGCUGUUGAGCUUGCCAUGGGAGCAAUAUUCUACAACAAGGGCGAAGUAUGCGUAGCGGCAUCGCGAUUCUAUGUACAAGAAGGAAUUUACGAUGAGUUUGUGGAGAAGGCAGUGGCGAGUGUUAAAUACUUGAAGAUCGGUGACCCUUUUGAUCCAGAGGUUCAUCAAGGACCUCAGGCCAAUAAGAAGCAAUUUGAAAGGAUCCUUGGCUGCAUUGAGCAAGGUAAGAAAGAAGGAGCAACCAUUCUUACAGGCGGCAAGGCCUGGGGUGAAAAAGGUUACUAUAUAGAACCCACAAUAUUUGCAGAUGUCACGGAGGACAUGGUGAUUGCCAAGGAGGAAAUAUUUGGACCGGUCAUGUCCCUCAUGAAGUUCAAGACUAUUGAGGAGGCGAUCCAGAAGGCGAACAAUACAAAAUAUGGAUUGGCAGCGGGCAUUGUGACGAAGAACUUGGACAUAGCAAACAGGAUGUCGAGGUCAGUUCGUGCGGGCAACAUCUGGAUCAACUGCUAUUCUGCUUUGGAUAGGAACCUUCCUUUUGGUGGCUUCAAAAUGAGUGGGUUUGGGAAGGACCUGGGCAUCGAUUCAGUCGAGAAGUACAUGCAAAUCAAGGCUGUUGUCACUCCCCUCUAUGAUUCCCCUUGGCUGUGAGUUUCGCGCAUGGACUCCUGAUUCAAAUAAGCAGCCCAAAGAACCCGUUGCCAAGAAGAAUAAUAUAAUUAGAAUAGUUAAGAUAUUGCAUUGGUUUAUCAUAUUCUGUAAUCGAUGGUUGCGUUUAAAGGAUUGGUUCAAUGUGGGAUGCAA